AUGACGACGCAGUUCGAUAAUAUUUACCACGGCGCCGGCAAGGUGCUAGGUAAAAUACGCUUUUCGGGCGCAGGACUCGGCUGGAAGCCCCUUGAGGAGGGUGCGACUGUGACGAUUCCCGCGCAGCAGGCAACGAGCUUCACAUGGGUUCGUGUUGCGCGCAACUUUCAGCUCAGUAUCGCGUUAAAAGGUAUAGAAGAUGAAAAGGAAGACGUCGGACGUGGAUACCGCGCCAGCUUUGAAAAUUUCCAGCGCGACGACUACGAUCGUUUGGCCGAGGCGCUUCGCGAAUACUUUGACAAGCCGCUCGAGGCGGUGGAUGUAAGCACGCGCGGCUGGAACUGGGGCGAGGCCGAGGUGGACGACCACGAUAUGAAGUUUACGGUGCGAAAAAAGCUUGCGUUUGCACUUCCACUCUCGAGCAUUGCCAAUAGCAACAUUGCCGGCCGUACGGAAGUCAGCAUGGAAUUCCUCAAUCCGCAGCAGCAGCAGCCGGGGCAGAACACGGGUGCGGCAAAAGACGAGCAUGGCCUUCCUUUCAAUGGACCGAAGCGCAACAGGCCCGACGAGCUCGUCGAGAUGCGCUUGUACAUUCCCGGCGAAGUCGAGCGUGACGAUGAAGAGGCGCGCGGCGAUGGCUCUGAGGAGGAGGAGGAAGAAGAAGAAGAAGAGAGCGCUGCAGUUGCGUUUCACAAUGCGAUCAAAUCUAAGGCCGAUAUUGGGCAGGUUGCAGGCGAUGGCAUUCUCGUGCUCAAAGAGGUGCUUGUGCUCACACCGCGUGGCCGCUACGAUAUCGAGCUUUUUCCACAGUUCUUGCGCCUGCGCGGAAAGACGUACGACUACAAAAUUUUGUACAGCUCCAUCACGCAUCUAUUUCUCCUGCCAAAGCCUGACGAUAUCCAUGUGCUUUUUGUCGUCGCACUGGAGCCUCCUAUUCGUCAGGGCCAGACGCUGUACCCGUACCUCGUGCUCCAAUUCCCGCGCGAGGAAGAAAUGGAUGCGGAGCUCAAUCUCGACGACGAGACGAUCCAGACGCAGUACGAAGGCAAGCUCAAGAAGCGCUACGAGGAGCCUACGUUUCGUAUCGUGACGAACUUGUUCCGUGUGCUCUCGGAGCAAAAGGUCAGCGUCCCUACUGGCUUUACCAGUUCUGUGGGGCAGGAAAGUGUGCGCUGCAAUGUGAAGGCGAACGACGGCAACUUGUACCCGCUGAACAAGAGCUUGAUUUGGGUCUCGAAGCAGCCCGUGCUGAUUCCCUACAGCGAUGUACAGCAGAUUGUGUUCAGUCGCGUCGGCGGCGCGAUUGCUAGUGCAAAGACAUUUGACAUGCGCGUCGCCACACGGCACAGCGGCGACCAUACUUUUCAGUCGGUCAACCGCGAGGAGCUGGAUAGCUUGAACAACUACUUUGCGGAGCGCAAGCUUCGUAUCAAGAACGAGCUCAUGGACGAAGGCGCGGGGCUGGGUGCAGGCGUUGACGAACUGCUUGGCGACGAAGAAGGGAAGCUGGCAGGCAGCGACGAUGACGACGAAGAAGAUGACGACUUUGAUGACGAGUCUUCGGACGAUGGCGGAAGCCCUUCGGAGGCGUCCAGCAAUGAGGACGACGAGGAUGGGGCUGCGUAUGAGGACGAAGAAGAGAAGCCGAAGCUCAAGAAACUAAAGACCGGGCCUACCAGUGCCGGAAAGUCAACAUUGGUUGAAAACCUGCUGGCUGUUUUGCAGCCGCCGGCGUCGGACGCGGAAGCGAAAGCGUCGCCCAUCGCCUCCGCGUCGGUUUUGCACCAGGAUGACUUUUGCCCGCCCACAGACCAGAUGCCGUGGAGUGCGAAGCACCAGGUGACGGAUUGGGAUACACCCCAUGGCUCUAGCGACUACCGACGACUUGAGCAAGUGAUACGGUACACGAUGGACCAUGGCGACCUUCCACGCGAUUUUGAAAGCCACGAGUACCGCAGGAGUAGCUAUGCAAGUACGAUGCGCCCCGCAGAGCUGGAGGCGUGGCGUACCAAGUUUCAUGCUCCGCGGGCGGCCCCGGUGCUCGUCUCGAGAGACGGGCGCAAAGCGUCGCGUGUGCAUAUUCUAAUUGUCGAGGGGUUCCUUACUUUUUUUGACACACGCGUACUCAAUUUAAUCGAUGUGCGCAUAUUCCUGCGCGUUUCGAAGGCAACGAUGAAGCAAAGGCGCGAAAAUAGGCCAGACUAUGUGUUGGAUAACGGCAGUGUAUGGCACGAUCCGCCGUUUUACUUUGACGAAAUUGUCUGGCCCGCGUACUUGGAAGCACACGCGGCCAUGUUUGAAAACAACGACGUCGAGACUGGCGCACCGCUCACCGCGAGUCCGGCAGAUAGGCACGAUGGUGGACCGGUGCAGCAUCUCGUGGUCAUCGAAGGCGAAUCUAUGGCACCAGAGGCCGUUGCACACGCAUCCUGCGAAGCAAUUUGGUCUUUCGGGUGGCAGUAA